GCGGGAAGUCCGCUCCCGGCGCCCGCCCAGCCCGCCUCAGCCGCCCGUCUCUGGAUGUUCAAGGCGAAGAUGAACAAGCCGAGCCAGCCCGACCGCAAAGUGUCGGUGGUAGCCCCACUGGCGGAGCGAGCGGGGCCGCCGCCCCCGCGAAAGGACGUGGAGCUGAUCCUGGUGAAGGAGCACAACGGGGUGCAGUACACCAGCAGCAGCCUGCUGCCCGCCGCCCCGGCGCCGCGCUACGGCCCCCAGGACAGGGAGACCUGGGGCAAGAAGAUCGACUUCCUUCUCUCCGUCAUCGGCUUCGCCGUGGACCUGGCCAACGUCUGGCGGUUUCCCUACCUCUGCUACAAAAAUGGAGGGGGUGCUUUUCUUAUUCCCUAUAUUCUCUUUUUAAUCAUUGCUGGAAUGCCCCUGUUCUAUAUGGAAUUAGCACUGGGACAGUAUAACCGAGAAGGGGCUGCCACUGUGUGGAAAAUCUGCCCAGUUUUCAAAGGUGUAGGCUAUGCAGUGAUACUCAUAGCCCUCUACGUGGGUUUCUACUACAACGUUAUCAUAGCUUGGUCUCUGUAUUAUCUGUUUUCAUCAUUCACAUUUGAGCUCCCUUGGACAAACUGCCACAACAGUUGGAACAGUCCAAAUUGUACAGAUCCCAAACUCUUCAAUGCAUCAGUGCUUGGCAAUGGUACCAAAUACUCAAAGUACAAGCUCACUCCUGCAGCUGAAUUUUAUGAGCGAGGAGUUCUACACCUGCACGAAAGCCGUGGAAUCCACGACCUUGGCUUGCCUCGCUGGCAACUUUCUCUCUGCCUCUUGGUGGUGGUAAUCAUUCUUUUCUUUAGUCUGUGGAAAGGUGUGAAGACUUCAGGAAAGGUUGUUUGGAUAACAGCCACUUUGCCUUAUGUUGUAUUAUUUGUCUUGUUAAUACAUGGAAUAACCCUGCCUGGUGCAUACAAUGGAAUAAAUGCAUACCUGCACAUAGAUUUCAGAAGAUUAAAAGAAGCCACAGUGUGGAUUGAUGCAGCUACUCAGAUAUUUUACUCCUUAGGAGCCGGGUUUGGUGUUUUAAUUGCAUUUGCCAGUUACAAUAAGUUUGACAACAACUGUUACAGGGAUGCUUUGCUGACUAGUACCAUUAACUGUGUCACAAGCUUCAUCUCAGGAUUUGCAAUUUUCUCCAUACUGGGCUACAUGGCUCAUGAGCACAAAGUUAAAAUCGAGGAUGUAGCUACUGAAGGAGCUGGUUUAGUUUUCAUCCUGUAUCCAGAGGCAAUUUCAACUCUUUCAGGAUCUACAUUUUGGGCUGUGGUAUUCUUCAUCAUGCUCCUUACUCUUGGUAUUGAUAGUUCUAUGGGAGGAAUGGAGGCUGUCAUCACUGGCUUGGCAGAUGACUUCCAAAUUCUGAAGCAGCAUAGAAAGCUCUUCACCUUCGGUGUUUCUUUUGGCACUUUCCUACUUGCCCUUUUCUGCAUCACCAAUGGUGGAAUUUAUGUGCUCACACUGCUGGACACAUUUGCAGCUGGGACUUCAAUAUUGUUUGCAGUUCUAAUGGAGGCAAUUGGAGUUUCCUGGUUUUAUGGUGUGGACAGAUUCAGUGAAGAUAUCCAACAAAUGAUGGGCUUCAAGCCAGGCCUCUACUGGAGACUGUGCUGGAAAUUUGUUAGCCCUGCUUUUUUAUUGUUUGUUGUGAUAGUCAGCAUAGUAAACUUCAAACCUCUGACCUAUGAUGACUACACCUUCCCUCUCUGGGCAAACCGCAUUGGCUGGGGAAUAGCAUUAUCUUCAAUGAUACUUGUGCCUGCCUAUAUUAUCUAUAAGUUUAUGAAUGCACGUGGGACCUUUAAAGAAAGACUAGCAUACUGCAUCACACCUGAAAACGAGCACCAACUUGUGGCCCAAGGAAACGUCAGGCAAUUUAAGCUUCAGCACUGGCUAACAAUAUGACAACUGACAGCCUGAGGAAAAAGCCAAUACUUUAAGCUCAACUGAGAAUACACAAAGUUCAAAGCUCCCUCGAUUAUGCUUGGAUCAAGCUGGCUCAGAGCUUAUCUACAGACUCUUUGAGGGAAGACAUCUGCUCUCUGUUCUCAAUGCCUCCCUUCUGUUCCUUGGCUUCAAACAAUCUUUAAAGACUGCGUUUAAUUUUUCAUAUAUCCUUUGGUGCCAUGAGAUCCCUACAUUGACCAAAACUUGUGAGUUUUCACUAUUGGCAGAAGUGCAGGAGGGGGGAGCAGAGAAAAAAAUGCAAUCAACAUAAGUUAAAUGCUCUUUUAUUGUGAAGAAGUGAUUUAAACUUUUGACAGUAAUAAUUACUUCAGACAUUCGUGCCAUGAUCUAUUUUAAACCAACAACAUCAGAAUAUUCUUAGAUGUAAGGAAAGAGUACAUCUCAGUUGUGAGAAAAGAGCAAUUUUAACUGUGUACUAAUGUCAUUAGCUUUCUUGCCAUAAUAUCCUUUGGGAUAUGAGUUUGCAUUCCUCUGAAGUGAAGACUCAGUGCUUCAUUUUCAGUGGUUUAUUAGUUUCUUCUCUUGCUGAAGAAGGUUGUCUUUGCUGUAUAUGCCCAUGCCAUUCUCUGUCCAGUGUAAUUGCACAAGCUGAAGAACAGCAGGAGCAGAACUCCUGCUAUAGCUACUAAGUACAACAUACAGUUUAAUACCACAAUGUACUUAAUGAAAAAUGCAUUCUCUUGCAUCAACAUUUGAAGUGGCUUUAUCAUACAAUUCACAGUCCAGACUUUUUCACCUCAGUAUGAAAGUUACUGGCAGAUAGAGACUUUCAUCUUCUGUUAUGUUUUGUUCCAAAUAAAGAAUGUAAAAUACAUAGGAAGAAGGAAUAUUUUUUUGCAUUACAUAAUCUACCCAGAGGCACCAAAAUAUCAAAAGUCUGGCUUUAUUCUCCUGCUGUGAACAUGCUAUUACUGUAAUUUAACAUGGAUUCACCUACCAAAACAUAGUAGGAUUGUGUUGAAUAAAUUAGAAGGGUGUUUCAGGCAUACUCCACUCUCUAAGCCUAUUCCAGCUCUUCUCUUUGGCAGUAUUAUGCAAGGUAGAAAAUAGAGAACAAACUCUGCGUUUGGGUGCUGUUCGUAUUCCCUGGUCACUUAACACUGUAGUAUCU